GGAACCUAGACAAGCACACUUGAGAGCAGCUGUUCAGAUGAUCACACAUUCCAACUGACAAACUCCAUAAGCUGUUACCCAAGAACGAAUGAUGGAAGAAGAAUCAGCCAGCGAGCCGACCACACAGACCUUUGCUGUGGCUGACUAUGUAGUCUUUGGUUUGAUGCUCCUGGUCUCCAUGGCCAUAGGACUCUAUCAGGUUUUGAAGAAGCAGCCUCACAAUGAUAGCACCGAUGACUUCUUCACUGGCGGUCGCAGUAUGUCAGCGGUGCCCGUCGGACUCUCCCUCUGUGCCUCCUUUAUGUCAGCGGUUCAGGUUUUGGGAGUUCCUUCAGAAACUUAUCGUUAUGGAUCCAAAUUCCUCUACAUGUGCCUUGGACAAAGCAUCAACUCUGUGAUGACUGCUUACUUGUUCCUGCCGGUUUUCUUUCGGCUUGGAAUCACAAGCACCAAUCAGUAUCUGAAGAUGAGGUUCGGCAGACCAAUGCAGGUGCUGGGAAGUUUCCAGUUUCUUGCGGCGACAGUGCUGUACACAGGGGUAGUCAUUUUUGCACCAGCAUUGAUCCUCAACCAAGCAACUGGGCUCAAUAUGUGGAUAUCCCUGUUUUCUACCGGAAUUAUCUGCACCGUGUACACAACCCUGGGGGGCAUAAAAGCUGUGAUCUGGACAGAUGUGUUCCAGAUUGUUGUCAUGUUUUCUGGCUUUGUGGCAAUUUAUAUCCGUGGCAUCGUUCUGGUGGGUGGUCCUGCAGCAGUGCUGGAAAUUGCAAACAAUGGAUCACGGAUUAAUUUUAAUUCUUUUGACAUCGACCCACGACGACGUUACACCUUUUGGAGCUUGACUGUUGGGGCUUCACUUUUGUGGCUAUCCAUGUAUGGAGUAAACCAAGCUCAAGUCCAACGUUAUGUUUCCUGCAGAACCGAAAGAGAGGCCCAGUGGGCAAUAUUUGUCAACCAAUUAGGUUUGACCCUAAUUGUGGGGAGUGCAGUUAUCUGCGGAAUCGUCAUGUUUGCUUAUUAUAUCAAAUGUGAUCCACUGAUUUCUGGCAGAGUGUCUUCUCCUGAUCUAUAUAUGCCAUACUUUGUGCUGGAUAUAUUCCAGAACCAUACUGGCUUUCCGGGUCUUUUCCUGGCCUGUGCAUACAGUGGCACUCUGAGCACAGUUUCCACAAGUAUCAAUGCAAUGGCUGCAGUCACAAUGGAGGACCUCUUUCAACAAUAUGUGCACCACUUGAGCCAGAAGAAACAACUCCUCAUUUCCAAAGGGCUGUCCUUUUUCUAUGGAGUUGCUUGUAUAAUCGUAGCUGCUCUAGCCUCAUUCAUGGACUGGGGAGUUCUUCAGGGGUCCUUGACAAUCAUGGGUGUGGUCAGUGGUCCAUUACUAGGUGUAUUCAUCUUGGGGAUGUUUUUUCCUGCCUCAAAUAGAGUGGGAACAUACCUAGGAAUAGCAACUGGCUACUGUGUCUCGUUGUGGCUGGCCGUUGGUUCCACUCUUUACCCACCCAGUCCAAGGACCAUGGGCGUGCUGCCUAAUUAUGGAAACAAGUGUGAACCUGCAAACAUCACCCUGAAUGGCACUCAUCAUCAACAUGCGAUGUCAACCCUACCUCAAGACGACAACCCACAGGGCCUGCAUAACUUGUACUCCAUCUCCUAUCUUUAUUUUGGUGCCCUGGCAACAAGCUCAGUUGUACUAGUUGGGCUCCUCGUGAGCUAUGCGACAGGACCAACGAAGAGAGCCAAUAUUAAAGAGGGAUUAUUAUGGUGGGACUUGGGUAAGAAACAAGCAGUCAUCCAAUCACAGCAUGGGGGUAUGUGUACAGAAAGAGAGUGUGUGCCUAUGAUGGAGCUGCAACAAAGUGACGAAAACCCACAUACAAGAAAUUGAAAACCUUAACAUUACUGAGUCCAUUGUGCUGGAGCUGCAAGAAAAUGAUAAAAAAACACAUAAAAGAAAUAGAAAACUAACACUACUAAGUCCAUUGUGCAAGUGUAAACAUAAGUUUUUAUCCCAAGAACAUACUGUAAAAAUGCAUUGUUUCAGAACUAAUUGCGUGUUUUCUAUUUUGCCUGAUGGGAUUCCGUAAUAUAAUUUAACAACCAAAUUCUUCUUUCAGUCAACUUCUGUAAUGAGUCACAGUGCAGACUCGACAAACAAUGUCCGUUUGCCUCUCUCUGUGCCAGCCUUAUGUCAGCUGUCAAGGUUUUGGAGUUCCAAUACAAAUUUCUAUAUUAGAACUGCCAAGUGCUUCAAGGAAGACUAUUACUAGUGUAAAUGAGUCCAGUAUUUUUCUUGACAAAAUGUUGAAAGAAUGUUGGUUGUGAUCAAACCAAAUGAAUAUAAGAGGUGAUGAAUGUUAGGAAUGUUAUAAGUGUGGCCAGGCUAUCUAAUGUCACAAUAAAAAAUUAAAUUUGGCGGAGAGAUGAGGUUGCUCGGUAGUGUCGGGUUUCUUGUGGCCACAGUAACACAAGCAGACACUUGUCUUAUCCCUUGCUGUCAUUCAGUGACUUGAAAAGUUUAGACUAAAUUGUAUGGGUGACCCUUAACUUUUGACCGGUAGUGUAAGUAUUGAACACAUUUAAGAAAAGUAGGUUGAAACCAAAGAUUGAAAAUAUUGGUUUAGAUGUAGUCUGUAUUUGUAUUUUGAAUACAUAAGUAUACAUUGAAAUUCAAAUCACCUUCUGUUUAUACAAGCAGAUUGAGACCAAAGGUUGAAAAGAUUGGUUUAGGUGUAGUCCACAUGUGUCAAACUCAAGGCCCAGGGGCCAGAUAUGGCCCACCACAUCAUUUUAUGUGGCCCGUGGACAUAUUGGGCAUCAAAUUCAUGUCAUUACUAAAAUUGCAAAUUGUCUUAACUUUUAAAAAUAAUAUUUUUCAAAUAGUUGAACAGUCUUUACUAGUCUAAUUUGAAACGAGUUAUUUGUCAGUUUGUUUUGUAGCUUAUACUGUUUAGAAUAUGAGGCGUUCAUACAUUUAUUCGGGUAGACAUAAUGGC